AUGAUACAGUUAUCGACCUUCCUGCUGUAUAAAUUAUUGUUUAUUUGUACUGUCAGCGGAGGAUAUAUUAGCUCAAUAAACAAUGACAUCUCAUCGUUUAUCCAGAGCAGUAACAUUUUUGAUUUUCUGUUUUCUGGAACCAAUACUAAUAUUCCAUCAUUUAAUACACAUGAAAAGGUAUCCGAAAAUCAAUUUAGGAAUCUGACACAACGAGAGAAUACUUGUCCUAUUGGUCCUCGAUAUUGUUCCAAUUCUCGAUACAGAUCCAUUGACGGAUCUUGUAACAAUUUACAAAACCCGACUUGGGGCAUGGCGCAGACACCUUACGGCCGCUUAACGAAGUAUAACUACGCUGAUGGUAUCAGCGCGAUGCCAAUUUCCUUGACUGGCGGACAAUUACCCAAUCCCCGGGAAAUUAGCGUAAGGCUUUUUCCAGACAAACAAUUAAUUGAUCCAGUUUGGAAUUUAAAUGCUCAGCAGUGGGGACAGGUUUUAACACAUGACAUGUCCUUAACCGCCGACGUAGCACAAUCACAUAAGGAUUUACUAACAUGUUGCGAUGACGAUGGUCAAUUGACCAUUGACGCUGCGUUAAAUCCCUCUUGUGCUCCAAUCAUUGUCCCUCCCAAUGAUGUCAUCCACGCAGCUCAAGGCACGCAAUGCUUUAACUUCGUGAGGACAGGCACCACGAGAGACAGAGGUUGCACUCCCCCACAUUCCCCAGCUCAACAGAUAUCUACUGUAUCUUCAUACAUGGAUUUAUCAAUGGUAUACGGCGCGAAUGAUGUACAAGCGGAUGAGCUACGGUCUUACAUCGGUGGACGACUUAGAACAGUACUGAGAGGGGGUCGGCUAUGGCCUCCGCAGGACUCUAACGUUACAUUGACUUGUGAAUCUGCACUAUCACCUAACGAACCCUGUUACUUAACAGGGGAUUUAAGAGUGAAUCAAAACCCUCAGCUGGCGAUACUGCAAAUAAUUCUGUUGCGUGAACACAAUCGUAUCGCGGAUGUAUUGUCCAGACUCAAUCCGAUCUGGGACGAUGAAACCGUUUACCAAGAGGCGCGUCGUAUUCACAUUGCUGAAAUACAACAUAUAAAUUACUAUGAAUAUCUACCCAUUUUUCUCGGUUACGAAAAUAUGGUGAAAAAUAAACUGAUCUAUCCCGGAGCGACGAGUUACAUCAAUGAUUAUGAUCCCCUCGUCAAUCCGACAAUACUCGAUGAACACGCCACAGCGGCGUUUAGACAUUUUCAUACACUAAUUCGAGGAUAUUUACAAAUGAUCAGCGAGAAUCGUAAGUUGGUAGGUGCAGUUCGUUUAAGCGACUGGUUCAAUAGACCGAUACUGAUUGAAGCUAAAGACGUAUUCGAUGACUUGACUAGAGGUCUCACAGCUCAGCCGCAAGAAUACAGUGAUCAGUUCUGGGAUAGUGAAAUAACGCAGUAUUUCUUCAGACGCAAUAAAACAUAUGGUGAAGAUUUAAGAGCUGCGGAUAUUCAACGAGGUCGCGACCACGGCUUAGGAAACUACAUAUCCGCCCGCGCCGCCUGCAACCUUCCUGUACCAAACACAUUUGAGGAUAUGUUAGACUUCAUUUCCCGAGAGAAUGUGGAAAUACUCCGUGAUCUGUACGAGACGCCAGACGACGUCGAGUUGGUGGUUGCUGGAUCUUUGGAGCGCAACAUUCCCAACUUACAGACUGGCCCCACCUUUCUGUGUAUCCUCACGGAGCAGUUCUAUCGCACGCGAGUCGGUGAUCGAUACUUCUAUGAAAACGGCAAAGACCCUGAAACUGCUUUUACACCAAGUCAACUUGAAUCAAUUCGACGUGGGUCUUCAAUGGCGAGGCUACUCUGUGACAACGCUGAUAAUAUUCAAUCGAUGCAGCCGAGGGCUUUUCAACAAAUAUCAAACUCGAACAAUUUAGUACCAUGUGCUGAUUUACCCACUAUCGACUUAUCAUUAUGGCAAGAAACUCAUGCAUCAUCCCAUCACUUCAGUACGUUAUGGUAAUUUAGUUUAAAUAUGUGCAGAGUUCAAAUUGUCACCAUCA